AUGUGGGGCACUAUCUAUUUUUCAUUUUAUAUUUUAUUUUCGAAUAAAGGUAAAUCGGUCGUUACCCUCGGCGGCAAGCGACCUGCUGCAGGAUUGGACCUUACCGUAGGCACCUUGCUGGGCCCGCCGUGGCAGCGCCCCGAGAACGGCUACGUCCUCCUCGUGGCCGCAGGCGAUGACGACAACAACGACAGGAAGUCAGGAACAACGGCCUCCUGUACUACGAGUCUACGAGCCACACUGCCUGCAUGCACGACAGGUCUGUGGGCGGACGUGGUGAUCACGCCGGUGGUGAAGCAGAUCCUCCCCCUCCCCGGCAACGGCAACUACUACACGCUCGUCACCGGGCAGGAGGACGCCGUCGACCAGGCCCGGCUGCUGCGAGCGAGGUAUGUGGUGCCGAUGAGGAACGCCGACAUGGACGCCGGCGGGCUCCUGACCGCCGUUCUCACCGAACAGGGGACGACACAGUCCUUCCAGGCGUUGCUGUCGGAAGCGCUUCCCUAG